UGAGAGGAGAGUGUUGAUCGAACUUUUUGUAUCUCGACCAACGUGAGGGGGUCUAGAGGAUGUUUUGGUGUAUCAGAAAGGUGGUCAUGGUUUUCUGGGUUUGGUUUAGGAUUGUUUUCAGGAAUGGGUCGAAUAUGUUUGUUGAAAAGGAAGUUUCUUGUGGUGCAAAGAUGUGAGAGAGAAUAUGAUAUGUGUGUUUGAGAGUUACGCCGGAGAUAUUGCAUGGCGUCACUCAGAAAAUCCCGUCACCGGCUUACCGCCGAUAAGGGAAGUAAGACCAAAGUUGACGCUUGUGGUACGAAUGGUAGCCUCAGUGGGUAACUACGAUUACAUCAUUGAUUAUGAAUUCGAAACUGAUGGGCUUAUGAGACCUAAGGUCGGGCUCAGUGGAAUCUUGAUGGUUAAAGGGACAGCGUAUGAGAACAAGAACCAAGUGAAGAAAGACAAAGAAGGUAAUGAAGAAGAGCUUUAUGGCACCAUUCUAUCUGAAAAUGUAAUAGGAGUAAUUCACGACCACUACGUCACUUUCUAUCUUGACCUCGAUGUCGAUGGCCCGGAUAAUUCGUUUGUGAAAGUGAACCUAAAGAGGCAGGAGACUAAGCCGGGUGAGUCACCAAGGAAGAGUUACAUGAAAGCUGUUAGGAACAUUGCAAAAACUGAAAAGGAAGGCCAGAUCAAGCUUAGAUUGUACGAUCCAUCAGAAUUCCACGUCAUCAAUUCUGGUAAAACCACUAGGGUCGGUAACCCAACGGGCUACAAGAUUGUAUCUAGAGCCACGGCUGCUAGCUUGCUUGACCACGAUGAUCCACCGCAGAAGAGAGGAGCUUUUACCAAUAACCAAAUAUGGGUCACUCCAUACAAUAUGUCUGAGCAAUGGGCUGGUGGUUUGUUCACCUACCAAAGUCAUGGUGACGAUACUCUUGCAGUUUGGUCUGAGAGGGAUAGAGACAUAGAGAAUAAAGACAUAGUGGUAUGGUACACACUUGGAUUUCAUCACAUUCCAUGUCAAGAAGAUUUCCCAAUAAUGCCCACGGUUUCUUCUAGCUUCGAUUUGAAGCCUACAAAUUUCUUCGAGCGCAAUCCAAUCCUUCAAGCUUCUCCGUACUUCGAACGUGACCUUCCAGUUUGCGGAACAGAAUCUGUUUCUGCUUAAGAAGAAUAAAAAAUUGAUGAAAUAAUUAUUCAGCUUUUCGAUCUUAUUAUAAAUCCAUGGUAAAACUUUAAAUUAUAUUACAAGUAUUGCAUGUGCUUGUUGGUGAAACUAACAAAAGAAAAAUUAUUCGUGUAGCUAAGGCUUGUGUAGUUUGGAAAAAUUAAAACGAAACACCUGUUAGAAGAUUUUAUAUUCGAGACCAAAUAAAGAUAAUAAAUAAUGUGAUAUUAAAGGUUAAGUUUCAAGAAGACUUGCUAAAAGUUACUCUAAAAUAGAAUUUAGAAGAAAAGAUGAGUUUGAAUUAACGACAUUUUUCCUAUGUAUAUGGAUGUUCCUGUGUUAAAAAGAGGAAAAUGUUUACGCUCAAGGACACACUCUAUCUUUCCAAUUUCCCACAAACGUAUAUUGGACCUAUAGAGCACUUUCAUUUAUUAAAUUGACUGGUCUGCUUUUUAACCAGUGUGGAAACGUGUUUGGUUGGAUUUUAUAACUAAGAAAGACAAAUAAUUUUUUUUUUUUUUUUUUUUUUUUUUUUUUUUUUUGUCACGGGCGGUCUCCGGAAUUCCAGAGGACUCGAACCCAGGUGCCUUGGGAUCCAGUUCACUCUAGUGUUACCACUAGGCUAUUCUGUCCCGGCUACAAACAAAUAAUCUUUCUUUUUCCAAUUUCCUAUCUUGAAACCAACCAUCUUUCAUAAAUUAAAUUUAUCUAAAUCCCAAAAUAUCUAACCUCUCACGAUCUUUCUUUCUUCCAUAAAUCAUUUGUGUUUUCACUUUAAUCUCUCAAUCAAUUAUACAUAACAAAGUCUGGUUUUCAAUCAUUUUAUUCAAAAAUGCUUCAUUUUCUUUCUAUUGCCUCACUCAUGGCAAAAUCUUUCUCCAUCGAUGAAAUUAGAUCUCGUAGAUGACAAAGAGAACGAAGAAGCGUAUGAAGAUUCAUAGAAGAAGAAGAUGAUGAGCUGGAUGGUCGAAUGAUUCGCGUGAGAGGAAUUAAUGAUUCAGAAGCAGAUGAAGAUAUAUCAGAGAUGAGUUUAAAAAUAAAGAGGACAAUACAAAGAAAAUGAAGAAUUUUGUCUACAAAGUACCAUCACAGCUCCUUUUUGUUGCAGUUCCAAAGCUGAAUUGAAGAGCAACAAUGGUCAACUUUUACUUAUUUGUACAUCUCAUCUUCUAACUUUGUCGUUGUUCUGAAUUUGAUCCUAAACUCUCAAAUUUGCAUAUAAAUCCUUUUGGAUUGACCCCACGCUCUUAAAUGGAUGAGAUUUUGGAUUAUUGUUAAGUUAACAUGCAAUUUUGACUAAUGGAUGUGUACAAGAACAUUUCCACAACUUUUUCUUAUCCGCGUUUAUCUCGUCCACAUAUCUCAUAUUACUUUUUUUUAUGGAUUUUGAGAUUAUUACUUAUCCACAAACUCUUGUCCAUAAACACUUAUCCACCAUAGACACAAACCUAUGCACCAAGAACCUAUCCACUAUAGAUACAUCCACUCAUUCUCUUCUACCAACCACUAUAGAUACAUCCACUCAUUCUCUUCUAUCAAAAAAUAUAUCCACGAAAACACUGUCCACAAUGUUAUACUAAAAUCAAAUUUUAAGAAAAAUUAAAAUAUAUAUAAAUAUGGAUAUCAAAAUAAAAAGAAAAAAAUUAUUUUCUAUA